AUGCUCAGAUACCUGGCACUGGAAGUCACGGCAUUUUUGGCCUUAACCCGCGUGGCCGACGCUAGUUAUGCAUUUUACGUCGGUAAUAACCUCACCGCAGAUGGAAGUGUUAUGGUCGGUGGUACUGGAGAAGAAGUAUCAAGCCAUUGGCUACAACUCUUCCCGGCUCGCGAUCAUGCACCCAACUCAACAAUUACCGUCGGUGUCACCAAGGAAGCUAGCUUCCCGGGCGAGCUGAUCAAGAUCCCUCAAGCCAAUCACACAUUCCGCUAUCUGAGCAUGGAAUAUUCAGACUAUGAGGGAUUCCCAGCUCCAUUGACCAAUGGCGGUCUUAAUGAAAAGGGCGUUGCAGUUCGUGACGUUUGGGCGGAUAAUCGGGAGGAGCUUCUCAAAAUGACGCCAAAUCCUCAGCACGGGCUGCAAUACAGUGAUCUCGCACGUAUUGUUAUGGAGAGAGCUAUCACGGCACGCCAUGGAGUGGAGAUCAUCGGGGAGCUGAUAGCGAAGCACGGGGAGUCUACCUACGGUGGUAACUCUCAUCUUAUUGCUGAUCAUAACGAGGGUUGGAUUGUAUGGGAGAUGGCCGGAGGAAAGGGCCUCUGGGCAGCUCAACGCCUAGGACCGAACGAUGUCAAGGUCUUAUACCCAGGUUAUAUCGAAGAAUUCCCGGUCGAUUUCCAGAAGAGCGCGGAUUAUAUGGGAUCCGAAAAUAUCGUGAAGUUUGCGGUCGAGCGUGGAUGGUGGAACUCAACUUCUGGAAAACCAUUCAAUAUUUUCGACGUUUAUGGGCCCCAAGAUCCUCGAUAUAAGGCACGCGAUGGUGGUUAUAAGUUCAUGUCGCAAGCUGCCUUGGAAGAUGCUACCCGUCAGAUGGCUCCCGUCACAGAGAAAGAUCUCAUGGAGCGAGUUAGAGAUCACCGGAUUGCAGAUGAUGAGGCCGGGUAUGGCCAGGUUGUCAGUCUGCUCCCCAACGUGGAUCGAGAUUUGCUUCGAAUCUGGAUCGCACCCACCGGCUCCGUCGCCGCGCCUUUCAUUCCAUGGUGGCUCGGAGUCGAUUCGAUUCCCGCUGAAUUCGGAGAACACCGAUACCUGACAACAGGUGCUUCAAGCAGCUUCCUCAACCCGGACUAUCAGCUCCAGGAAGCCUCAAUCUUUGCCGGACGGGUCUUCAAACGGGUGCUGUAUUAUAUGUGCUCAUCGCCAACCGUGUAUCUCCCAAUCGUGACCGAGAUGCUGAACAAAUUUGAAUCGGAAUCUCGCUCCCAGGUCGAACAGUGGGUAGAGCGGUCCGCCCAGCUUUUAAUCAAAGCAGGACAGAGGAAGAAUGCGGGGUCGCUGUUGACAUAUUACUCUCAUUCUCGGGCGACGCAGGCUCUGGAUAUCGGCCACCGGCUGAACGAUGCCCUUGACGGCUAUAUUAAGCUGACUGGUCAGUGGCGUAGUCCAGUGGGCAGUGAGAUCAAUGAUAGUAACGAGGAAGAGAAACGGUUAACUGCUUAG